CCUCGCCCGCGGCAGCCCGCGCGCACGUCGCGUUUUGUUCGCAUUCAUUCGCGUCGCUCUGCGAUAACGUUACCCAUUUAAAUCAAACGUAAUCCCGCGUACUCCAUUCACAUCAACGAACUUGUGCUUUGUACAAUUCAAUAUACAUCGACAGUUUCAAACGUGUAAUAGGUCGAUAGGCCGGUUUUUGUAUCCGCUGCGACCAUAUGAUUCGCAUCUGACUGUGCGUUCAUCUCAGAUAUCGAUAAAAGUUUUGCGGAUCAACUGAAAGUGCAGCGGUAAAAGGAUAAUUAGGUCAUAAGUGAAGAAAAAGUGCUAAACGAUAGCCCCAAUUCGAGGAUUACUUUAUCGGAGAUGUGAUUGUUGACGUUGUGAUUAUCGUACUAGUGGCGAUAUCGGGAUAGUGCGAUGGCUGGUGCAAGUGAGGAAGGUGUGUCUGUAGAGGAGACGGCAUCUCCUGCCGCGGAGGGCCGCAAGCGAGGUUUAAGCGGGUCAAUGUCGCUCAGGACCCGCAAACUUGGAAGGCGCCUUUCGCGCAGUAUGUCCAUUGUUGCGCUCAAAUUACCAGAAAAGGCGCAAAGUAUAACUCGUUCAUCAUCCAAGCUAAUGAAAUCUGGUAGCCGUGAUAAGAAGAACAGAUCCUUUGAGCUUUCGAUAAUACUACCAGACAAGACGCAAAAACAGGUGAUGGUAUGGGGCACCAGUACGGUAGCAGAAGUUGUAUCGGAGCCUAUACAAGAGGCCGGUGCAGUGAUCGCCGGUUUACCUUCAGGGCCGCUGUCAUCACCGCAAGUCUUGACGCUAACAGCACCUUUGCCCCCACCAUCGACUCAUUCCGCCCCUCCAGCAGUGCUGCUUUUCCUCGGAGGUUCAAAAGCUCCGGUAGACCCGAGGGCGUCCGCUCUCUCAUUAGAAGGUGAAGUCAUUGUAGUAGAAAACGAACCACCUCAAUGGGACGGCAAGGACUUGGAGACGUUUCUGGCAUGGGAGAAGAUAUACGCUUCAACAUUGUUCUCAGCUUUGGAGCUGUACGGCAAGCCGUUAUUGAGGGCGGCAGUCAUCACGCGGGAGGAGUAUCAUUUACUGUUCUAUUAUUUGGAAUCUGUGUCGGAAGCGAGCGAGGCUCUCGCCGAACGUAUGCGAAAGUAUAUUGAUUCCGGAUUGUUGAUCAACGAGAGCCGCAAAGAUGAUAAUGAUACGUUAGUGGAGAAUAUAGAUACUAUGGAAGACGAUGACAACAAAAGUUUGUUGACGGAACUAAUAAAUGAAGGAGUUCUUACUAGAAAAGAUGUCGACAAUUCCUCUGUAAUCACAAGUUCAGAAUACACGGGCCAAAGCGACGUCAACCGAAAAUUAGACGAGACCGAUAAUUGUUCGAGCGUGUCAUCUAUAGGUGUCAGUCUUCGUAAAAUAUUUGUAGACAUUCCAGUAGAUAAUAAUGAUCCCGAUGUGGACGGUUCCGUUAUAGAGAACGAAAACGAAAGCGUGUCGCUGCGAAACAGCCGCCAGUGCUGCGUAGAUCACAGGAUAUCGGCUGAUGCUUCCGAAAAUGUGUGGGCUAAUGUUAGAUGGGAUUUUCUCAACCCUUCAGAUUAUGGAUACGAUCAAAUCCCAAGUGUAAAACGGAGCCGCUCGGAGUCUGCUAUCACUCCAACGGCCAACCGACGGCGAAACGACGAAAUCUACGAGAGUCUCCGGGACGAAGCUGAAUCAUGCGGUAGCAUGACGCCAUACGAAUCUAUAGAGGAUUUGUACGACUGUAUCAAGAACUCGUCGUACAUGAGCGCGGCAGCUGUGGAGUCGUCGCCCUCCACCGAAAGCCAGUCGGAGCCACAGUAUCCGGACUAUGACGAGAAGUCGAUAGCGACGCGCCAGAGUUCCGCGAGCAGUGACAAGAGCGGCGCCUCGUCCGCCUUUCCGUUCUCCAAAUGUGGAUCCAGCGACUCGACGACGUAUACGUCGUGCGAAUCUACAAGUGGUAUCAGCACUUUCGCUCCGAAGUGCAGUGCAGAAAUUUUAAAGAGCCGCGAGCUGCCGACGCCGCCGACGGCGGGCGAGGUCAGCGAGAGCGCAAUCCUGCUGAAGCAGCUGUUCAUGGGCGAGCUGGUGGACGUGUACAGCGAGUACCUGGCGGCGUACCCGCACGCCCGCGCGCUACUGCGGCGUAAGGCCCGGCGCGAUGACCACUUCGCAGCGCUCGCAGACAUCCGCAGAGGCGCCGGCAAGUACUCCAUAGCCGACUACCUCGAGCUACCGAUUGAACGGCUGGCACAGUAUGAACGGUUGGUGGGCAGCGGGUGCGGGCGGAGGCGCGCGGCGAGGCUUUCCGACCUGGAGCGCGUGCAGGACCUCUUCCCGCACGACUUCCUCGCUCUCCACGAUGCGGAUGCCCCCGCCGCGCUUGCCUCACACCACCAGAAAUCCAAGAGUCUCCGUAAGAGGCCGAGCUUGGACAUCGGUGGUGCAGUCAACACCAACAAUACCCUAUCACCGCGCACCUUUAUAAUGGAGGCGCCGGUGCAACUAUGCCCAUUAGGUUCAACCUCCCCACCGCUCGACCGCCACCUUUUCCUCUUCAGCGACCUCCUCCUAAUCGGAAAGUCACGAGGAACGAACUGCUUCAAGUUGAAGGAGAGCGUGAGACUAGCGGAGGUGUGGCUCUCGCUACCUGACAGUGACGACACCGGCUUCCUGCUCGGCUGGCCGACUAGCAUGGGUGUCGCUAACUACCUCGCUACAUACCCCACGCAAGCUGCUAGAGAUACUUGGUACAGGAAAAUCCAAAACGCUUUAAACUCACAACUGAAUACUGAGCCAAAGUCAACAAAUAUUCAAAUCUUUUAUAAAGAUUUAGCGAGUUCCAUCGAAUUUUGUAAAACGGUAUCUGUAAGUCCGGAGAUGAACGCGCGCUGCGUGGUGCGGCAAGCGCUGCACGUGAUGCAGAACGGUGGCCACGAGGGGGACGAGAGGGACGGGGAGGGGGAGGGAAGGUUGGGCGCGCCCGCAGACUUCACCCUGUACGUGAGGACCGCGAGGGAUGCGCCGCCCACACCCCUGCAGGGUAUCGAGAGACCGCACGCCGUGCAGAUGUCUCGAAUCAGACAAACGUUAUCAAACGAGGAUGGAUUCGACUUAGAACACGUCAAUGCCAAAAACAAUCCAUGUGGGCUCAUCUUUGAGCUGAGAAAGAAAAAUCAAGUUCUUAAAAGUGUGAGCAACACGGGUGGCAAAGGUCUCCGCUUGCUGCGUCGCGGCGGGCGGCUGUUCGGUGUGGCGCUGACGCGGCUGUGUAACGGCACUCCGCCCCCCGCGCUGCUGCAGGCGCUGCGCAGACUGCGCGUCCUGGCCCCUCUCACACACGGAGUCUUCCGCCGGAGCGCUAACGCUAAAGCGCUCAGAUUGCUCAGAGAUAAGCUGGACGCGCUGGGCCCGUGGGCGGCGGGGUGCGCGGAGCUGGAGCGCGCGCCGGUGCUGCUGCUGGCCGCGCUCGUCAAGGAGUUCUUCCGCGCGCUGCCGCAGCCGCUCCUGCUGGCCGACCUCUACCCCGCGUGGCUGCACGUGCUCGCUCUACCUCAAGCGGAGAAAGUGACCGCGGUUAGGUCGCUGCUGCUGAAGCUGCCCAAGUCGCACUACAACAUGCUGACGUACUUCGUGUGCCUGCUGCAGGCCAUCGCCAAGAAGUCCAACAUCAACCUCAUGUGUCCCAUGAACCUCGGCGUGUGCGUCGGGCCCAGUCUGCUGUGGCCCAGCGUGCCUUGCGACAAGGCCCCCAAGGCGGUGCCCAUGAUAGUCGAGCUCCUCAUCGUGAAGGCCGAGGCCCUGUUCGGGCCGCAGAUCGCGGGCCUGCUCGGUAACGGCAGCCCCGAGUCAUCGAACGCGCUACUAGAUUCGGGCGCCGAGGAGAGCGACAGUCUCCACUCCGUUGGGAUAUCCCUCGACUCCAUGGAGCUGUCCACUCCGCGCAAGGAGAAGUUGUCUCUCAGCAGAGACUCGGGCCUGACCUUGUCCGAGGACGACUCGAACAGCAACGGCGGGAACAGUCCCGCGCCGCGCAACAUCCUGCACAGCCUCUCCGCUCCCACCUGCAACGUCCAGGAGAACAAAAUGAUGCGGUACGCGAACAACCCCAACGUUAACGGCCUGCCGCAGGUCUCGCAGCGGGAUCAAAACAUCUACUCCAACAAGGCGGAAAUCUACAGCGCGGUGAACGAGGAGUUGUACAUGAUGCCUUACGUGGGCGAGCGUUACGUCCACAAUACCAUCAACGUGGGCAUCGCGAACGGCGGCGACGAGCGCACUUACGGCUCGAAGGCGGCCGCGCAGCGCCCCGCAGACGUCUACGCGCAGAGCCCCGCCAAGUACAUCACCGGCCUCGAGCCGCAGAAGCCGCCGCGCAGCAACCUGGCCAAAGCGGCGCGCACCUCCAAGGUGUACAGCAUGUACGCCGAAGCACAGGAGGUCGACAAAAAUGUCUCCAACAAGAACUUCGGCCGCGCUCGAAGCUCCGACAAUCUGCUGGAGGCGAAGCAGGAGCCGGUCGACGGCGAGCGCGACCUCGUCUCCAGUCAGGAAAACAUCGUGUACAGCAACAUCCACGACCUGGCCACCUUCACGGAGAACGUCCACCGCCAGAACCAGUACCGGACCCGAACUGAGGACCUCGGUACGGACUACUCCCGCGUCUACGCCGGCUGGGAGAGCAGGAGCGCCGCCUACGCCGCCAAGACCUCCGCCGCCUCCGAGAAAAUAUACGGGCAGCUGAAGCAGGGCGAGUCCUCGCAAAACAAAAUAGACGUCAAGUCGACGCCGGCAGCCACCAUUUUUACACGAAAUGACUGGUCUCGUCAAGCCGCGAGGACUAAGAGCCUGGAGGUGAACGAGGAGGGGCACAUCGUGAGCGUGAGCGCGGAGAGGAGCCGCAACGGGAACUACGAGCCGGGGGUCGGCUGCUGUCGCAAGCGGCGCUACGACCCCGCGCACGUCUGCAACAACACCUGCCUCAACACUGCCCGCGACAAGGACAAGACGAGCGCUUACCCCUACGCGGAACAAGGGACGAACAACUCCGAGGACAUCAAGUCUCGCAUACGCCACUACAGCAACAACAAGUUGAAUCAGUCGAAGUCGCUCGCCAACAUCAUGUUGCAGAGCGACUCGAGCAGCAACGACACGCUGUAUCAGCCGCAGGGCUACGGCGCGCGGGGGGCGGAGGCCCCGGGAGAGGGCCGCGACCCCUGCUACACCACGCAGUACAUCGAGCCCCUCUACACAUCCGUCUACAACCGCAGGAGGGACAUAUUCCACGAGGAGAAGACCGACAUGUUCUCGAGCGACAUUUACAAGGCGACGCCGACCGCGGUGCAGCCAGACUACAACGCCGACAAGGAGCAGAACAACAACAGGAAGCCGCCGCAGGGCCCCCCGCCCGUGCCCCCGCCGGUGCCCCCGCGCAAGAUGGUGUACCAGCGCGUGCUCAAGAAGUUCCAGCCGGUGCACGUGGGCAAGGAGGAAAAGGCUGCACGCGCGCGCUCCGUGCCACCACACUACCGGCAGCCCCCCUCCGGCGAGACCUCCGCCCCCGCCCCCGCCCUCGCCCUUGACUGCACGGACUCCGACACAGAGUCCGAGUCCUACGUGUGAGUGCGCGCUGUGAGACUCAAUGUGCCUCACACUCGACUCGAUACGUAAAUGUUUUUAAUAAUUACCACUAUUAAUAUAUUGAGAAUGUUAUUAGUUCUAUUUAAUUGUUAGCAGUGUCGUCGAUCCCGCCUGAAAAAUCUCGUAAAGUGUGUGACCAUAACAUUAGUUUUGGUGAUGUAAUUCCAAAGACGUAAGAAUAGUUUUCAAACUAAUGGUAAUAUUGUAUAAAACGAUGUCUCGAUAAGAUUUUGUGUAAACAUUACGCUCUUUGUGAAUUUUGUAACUUAGUCUUGUUAUUAAAUUUAAAAAAUCUACUAACAGAUUAGUUGUUGCCGAUAGCACGUGUUGUUAAACGGGUUCCGCGGAACUCGUCGCGGUCGAGUUCCGCGAGUACUCUGUUCAAUAUCUAUUUGUGUCAUUUAUUAAUUAAGAGUUUUUAAUAUAAUAUUGUAUCGACAUAAAGAUAAUAAAGUUUUAUGUACAUAGUGUAUAAAUACCUUAUACCUCCCUGUAUAACUA